AUGAUAAGCGGUGGCUUGACAGCAGAGCUGAUCAUAGGCUCCUGUAUUAGCCUCUAUAUUUGGCUCGACGUGGUCAAUCAUGAAGAAUUCGACUUCUCGGCGGACCCGCCAGCAGUUGAUUGGAGUGAUAGCGGGUCGCCGUUGGGUGCCAACGGCCCGUCCUCGCUGGCUUAUUUUGUUGGCAUGAACAAAUGCACGCGAAGCUUUGGCGUGUGCAUUCCUUUAAUCGUGGCUGGUCAAUUGAGUCUUCAAUUCGGACUCUACGUGCUUGGAAGUAUCGGGUUGUUCUGGAUCCCCUUGAAGCAAUGGUUUCGAGUUAGUAUACCGAAUGACCCCAUUAGGAGGAGUCACUUUUUCGUGGCUUUAUGUUUAGAAACCCGCUAUUACACCUUCUAUUCCCGGCUACAUUUUCUUCCUCUGCUUGACUUUGUUAUCACAAUCACGAAUGAGAAGAAGAAUCAUCGUGACAAGGUCACGAAAAACAAGGCCAAAAACAAGACCACGAAAAAUUUGAACGCGAAGCAGAUAUCCGAAGAGAUACUCGAGUCGAGCGAUGACUCCAGCAAGAAAUAUCAGGAUUUCGAAGCAGAACAGCAGGGUUGGUGA